CAAAUGGUCGGUGUCCUUUCACUUGACGCGACGCCUUUUCGCACCGACCCCCAUGCCAGUGACUUCAUCGCGUUCCAGAAAUCGAAGCUACCACAACGCAACUUGAAGACUAUUGCGGCCAUUCCAACCUAGCAUGGCGCCGUUCCGCAACAGAGACCGAUCCAAUCGAUUGGGACGCGGUCAGGUAGAGCACAAUGUACUCGAGGGCCUACCUAUCACCCAAUGGAGGGAGGCUGAAACCCUAGUUGGACCCAAUCCUGCCGAUGAGAAACAAGCUGAGAAUGACUCUUUCUUCCCGGAGCUGCCCAUGCCACGAGAUUCUCACUUGCUCCCCCUGCAUUCCCAGCAGAUUCUACGUAUUGCACGGAUGCCUCGUGCCGUCAAGCCGCAGGUGCUGCAGGAGGAAGACGGUGAGAAUAUGGAAGAAGAGCAGGAGCCCAAAGAGGUUCAGCAUGGCUUCACUGUCAAAAAAUACGUCAAAGUGCCGCGGCAUCUCGAAGAGCCGGAACCAGAGUAUCUUGCGAAGAGACGAAAAGGCCUACCUUCACACUAUGUAGCUGAUGGAGGUCCUGUUGUGGCCCCUCCGCGAAGAGAAACCAAAGUGAAGAAGGUCGAUCAGGAAGGCAAGGUCAGUGUUUUUAAGGCGCUGGUACCCGAAGGUCAGACCAUCGAAGGUGAAAUCCUACCCGAGGAUACCGCUCUUGCGGAAGCCCCGCCGGCUGCAGCAGAACCAGGGACCGUUGUUGAAGGCAUCGGCGUGGUAAACGCUGAAGGUGUCGUGGUAGUGAAUGAGCUCGCCCUGCAAACUCCGCCUCGUCCAAAGAUGGCUCCUCCCAAGAAGAAGAAAACGAAACCUAAGGGACGUCCAAAGAAGAAAGUCGUUUUUGCCGAAGGAGCCCCAGAGCAGGAAACGCCAGCAUCAAGCAGCGAUCUGUUGUCAGUGCCUGGCGUUAAGCUAGAAAGUGGUUCUGCUGAGCCUUCAGAAGCAGAUACUUCGAUGGCAGAUGCGGGUGAAGAUGAGGAAGGCGAGCAGGAUUCCGAUGACGAGGGAGAGACUAGGGCAGCGUCGCCCACUCCCACCCAGGCAGGCACACCGGUGAAACCGCCCCCGGAGGAACAGGAUCCCGAGCCUGCCGUUGUCGCAGCUGCUCUACCUGUUCAGCCGUCGUCUCCGCACUCCUCAACCGUGCCCCCUGCCCAGGAGCCUUCUGUCACCACAAGCGUGGAAACCCCAGAUGCAGAACCUGCAAAACGCGACCCCUCAAGCUCGCCGGACCUGCCUCUAUCUGCGAUGGCUCACAGCAGGCAAAACUCUCUCAAUCAGAUUCCCACUCUGCAGACUUUGGAGCCGCCACCUUCUGCUACGCCGCCUGCCCAGACUGUCCCAGCCGAAGUCCCCAACGAGUCUUCAAAACCUGUUGCAAGCGCUGCAGAGUCUGCUUCGAACCCUUCGACUCCUCAACCUGAGGCCGUUCAACCUCUGGCGGUCAGCGAACCAUCCACCGUCGCGCCGGCAGUCGAAGGGGUAAUUGGAGGAACGACGUCAGCAGGACAACACUCGCAGUCAUUAGAAGCACCACAGCCAGUAGAGGGAAAGCCAGGACCUGACGACGAACCGGACUUGCUGGGAAGUUUGGAGGCGCACUUGGAAUCUGAAGGCCCAUCAUCUGGAGAUCCUGGCGCUGUGUUCUCUUAGGAAGGGCACAAGCGGAAACGGCUCCAGAAGGAAAUGGAAACGCUAGGCGGUUCAAGAGGUCCACUUAACGAAGUGGGAAGU